CACGAGUACAACCCUUCUAAGGCAGUGAUGCAAGCUUCAGUUGAGGGUGUAGAUGAAGACGCUGCAAAUGCCCAAUUUUUAAGCUCGGCUUCAACCACUGAUGCUGCAGCCUUGGCCCAAGCUGACACUAAUUAUGUCCGGGCCUUUCCUACUCCAAAGCCAACAACGAUCUCUGCUCUUGCUCCAUCU